ACUCCUUCCAGGACUUCGUGUACCCACUGACAUUCUGGGGAAAGAGCUCAAUGAAGCAACCUCAGUGCCAGGAUCCCUUUCAGGACCUCACAUUUCCACUGAUAUUCUGGAAGAAAUGCUCAAUGAGGAAAACUCAAUGCCAGGAUCUCUUCCAGGACCUCGCGUCCACACUGAUAUUCUGGAGGGAGAACUCAAUGAGGCAACUUCAGUGCCAGGAUCCCUUCCAGGACCUCACAUCACCAAUGACAUUCUGGGGGAAGAGGUCAAUGAGGAAACCUCAGUGCCAGGUCCUUCCAUCUCCACUGGCACUCCAAAAGAAGCAACUUUUGUGUCAGAGCCCUUACCAGAGCCUUCCACUGCUGACAAUUAUCUUGAGCAAGAAGUAGAAAUCCUCAAAGGAUUAAAGCAUGACUAUGUCCAGCGGCAAAUGAGGGUUCGCUGCAUUUCCCAGCAGUUCCCUCGUUCUCUCCGGGCCAUCAAACUGCAAAUUGGACACACACGGACAAGGCUCAUCCGCAGUGAAGUUCGGCUGCAACGGUGGGGAAAGGAAGGUGACCAAGCUCUGAUGCCUGUAAUUCAGACAGCUUCUCAUGAUGUUCCUGAAGGCCCUGCUGCAUGUCUCCGCCCCCCUGGGUCCAGUUCAUUAUUAUUUUCUGCCUCGCUGGAAGUUGGCUCCAUCCCACCCUCCACCUCCACCUCUUCUUUUCUCCUGCAUCCCUCUCCCCCUUCUCCUCCUUCCCCACCUCCUCUAGAGCCGGACCUCAGCAAUGUAAAAGAAACUCUGCAGAGUUUGAUGGAUUUGCAGUUCCAUCAGCUGAAUGACCGCCAAAGAGACCUCCACAGCUGCCAGGAAUGUUUGCAAAACCUCAAGGCACUGAGGGGACAGCUCCGGAGACUGUGGAGCAGACUGGCAAGGGUGGAAGCCACUAUGGGGAUCCUGGUUCCUCCAAGGGAGCUGGAUGUUGAUGAGGAAAAAGAGAAAGACAAAAAACAGACAGAUAGUACAUAGGUAGCAAUGAAAUGCUGCAUAUUUAUUUUAAAAAUAUUAAACAUUUGUUUUAAUAGGAUAGGAUGUAGAGAUAAAACAGCAAUAGAACAUGCAUAUUUACUGCUUAAAAAUUAAAAAGUUGAUUUUAA